AUUUAGUGACAGCUGUUCGGAUGUAAACAAACGAUUGUGACAUUCAAUGUUUCUGAUAUUGAUUGAAAAAUGGCGAAAACCCCGCAAGGCAAGCGAAAACCUUGGGUGAAAAACCUCUAUUCGAAUCGCGAGUAUCCGGACAACUAUACGGAUGUGAGUUUCCUCAAGGACCUGCAAACAAAUCUGCAUGUACGGCGUUACACAUUGCGCGAGGCUCUCGGCGGCAUCACUGUGCUAAACAAUCAAAUUUCCUGCAUUACCGGCUUUCUGAUACUCUACCAUGUGAUGCUCAGCGAUCGGAUAGCACCCACCAGUAUAUUGGUGCCGACAUGCAUUAUCACAGCUAUUGGUUAUUUGUAUUAUCGUGGCAGCAGUCUCACCAUGAUAAUGCUGGGCGAGGACUCCAAAACUUUAGUCACAGUGCUGCUCUUUGGCUACAUUUUCUCACCCAUGCUGCACACACUGACGCAGGCCAUCAGUACGGACACCAUAUAUACAACAACGUUCUUUGUGAUGCUCUUCAAUUUGAUGUUUACGGACUACGGACUGGAUGUUGCCAUGGUAUCCAAAGCGAUCUCAUUGAAUGCGGCCAUAUUUGGUGCCAUCUGCUUGGCCUCAAGACUGUCAACUUCUUAUCACGCCUUUGUGCUUCUCGUCGAGGCAGCGAUCUUCUUUGUGCUGUAUCCCAUUAUGACAGCGGCCAGAUGGCAUCCCUACUGCAUGGUGCCCAUCUUUGUGAUCUGCUGUGGCGCACUCUACUUUCUGUCGCGUCCCGUGCUCUAUUUGUAUGCGUGCACCACACUCUUCAUCAACUUUGCAUGUCCCUUGAUAUUUGUGAGGCAGCAGCACUACAAGUUCAACAUCCACGGACCGUGGGACGAGGCAAUCGUUGAAGAGAACACCGAAGAGAAUCUCGAUGAGAACUUAUAGCGCCAGCUUCGCUUCUCGGAGAUGCAACACAUCGAUGAUGGGGAGCAAGAGCUAGACUAUUAAAUUGCAACAACUUUGUUUUUUGUUUUCAUUUUAACCACAUUACACUUGUGUAAUAGAAACACAUUUUAUUCUGGAUGCCCACACUCCGAACUCGGCACAUUUUCAUUGUAAUUAUUAAAAAAAAAUAUAUUUAUAUAGAUUUGUAUAUAGCUAAGUAUAAUUCUGUAAAUAAAACAAAUGUCGAAAUGCAAUUUA